UUGGAUAAAAUUUGAAGAAGAUGUAGAAGAAGGUGGUAAUCGCUGGUCUAAGCCUCAUGUUGCCACAGUGUCUUUACAUUCGCUUUUUGAACUUAGGAGCUGUAUAUUAAAUGGAACCAUUGUAUUAGAUAUGGAUGCUUAUAGUCUUGAAGAAAUUGCAGAUUUAGUUUUGGAGCACAUGGAAUCAAGUAAUCAGAUCAGUUCUGAUGUGAAAGGCAAUAUUAAAGAAGUGUUAUUGCGUCCUCAUCGUCAUCAACAUGAACUCAGAAGUGAAUGGUCAGAAAAGGGUUCUCGACUUCCUUUGAUUAGAUCUUUGACAGAUGUUGGCCGUAAUUCUAUCAGAAUUAAUCAGCAUCAUGUUUUACCAUUUUGGGGUUCUUUUACUCCACAUAUACCUUCUAUAGUGGAGGAAAAAACAACCUCCUCUGGAAAUUGCGCAAGUGCUGGUGCUCUUAGUGACAACAUUGCUCACAAUCUUAGUUCAUUGUCCUUUCGUGGAGUAUCACAGUCAAGAAAUACUAAUUCACCUGAGGAUGCUUGUUCUUCGGAAAAUGUUUUACACAGAAUCAAUCAGGCUUUUAUGAGGAAGAUUCCCCCUAAAGCAGAAGCAUCAAAUAUUCUAGUAGGGGAAUUAGAAUGUCUAGAUAAAGUGAUUUCAGCUUUCAUUCGUCUUUCUGAGAGUUGUAAUUUGGGUGAUCUGACAGAAGUCCCAGUUCCCACUAGGUUUAUUUUCCUCCUCCUUGGGCCAACUGGCAAUUCUCUUAAGUAUCAUGAGAUUGGAAGAGCCAUAGCAACAUUAUUGAGUGAUGAGGUGUUUCAUGGUGUUGCAUACAAAGCUAAAGAUCGUUUGGAUUUACUGGCUGGUGUAGAUGAAUUUCUAGAUGCCACAACUGUCUUGCCUCCUGGAGUAUGGGAUCCCAGCACACGUAUUGAGCCACCAAUACAAACAGCAUCUCAA